CGGCGGGGGAGCCUCCAUGCUGAGCGUGACAUCCUUGAAGCCUUCCCGGCUCCACGAAUGCCUGGCAGAGCUCUGGCCCCCAGUCCCCUAUGAGUUCAUCAGUACAGCGUUCUGCUUCGCCCCAGGCAUUUAGCCCCGAUCACAAGAACAGCAUCAUUAGGAGGCAGAGACAGGAGCUCAAGCUUUUAAUUUCAGAACUGAAAGAUCGUGACAAGGAGCUCAAUGACAUGGUGGAAGUGCACGAGAGACACAUCCAGGCCUGGGAAGAUGAUCGCCAAAAAAUACUGACUUUAGCAGAACGAUGCAGCGUGUUAACUAGUGAGCUGAACGAGAGAAAUGCCAUUAUAAAAUCACUGACUAAAAAGUUAAAGUUAUUAGAAUCCCAGCAUAAUGACAGUAAGAUAACACUCGAAAGCACACAACAGAAGUUUAAAGAGCUCACUCAAAAAGUCACAGAUUCAUCUGUUCACUGCCAGGCUCUGGAGGAGAAAAAUCAGAGUCUCCACUGCUCAGUUUUGGAACUGUCAGCUAAAACAGGCCAGCUGCAGGCCAGGGAGCAGGAGCUUCUCUCUAUGCUUCAGAUGAAGGACAAGGCCUUAAUUGAAACAACUGAUCAGAUUACUGAGGUCACCUCUAAAUUUAAAACCCUGGAGAAUGCCCUGCGUACAGCAAAGCUGGAUGAAUUCACUCGCAACAGGGAGCACCAGGACCUCAAGGUGACACUCAACGAUGUCAUGAGCCAAGUAAAUAAGAUGAAAGACAUCCUCUCUGAAAAGAUGAAAGAGAGCAGCAAGAACCAGGAAGAAAUCAGUCACCUGAAACAGGAAAAUGGCUGCUUGAGGAGUGAGCUCAUCCUGGCAGUGGAAGAAGCCCAGAGGAAGGAUCAACUUUUUCAGUUUGCCAAGUCGAAGCAAGUGCGGAUUGAGAGGGAAUUGUCCAGUUUGCGACAGGUCUGUGUGAAACAGCAGCGGGACUUGCACUUCCUCCAUGUCAACUUUGAUAGCUCUCAGGAGUCCAGGCAAAAACUUGAAAAUGCAUCGAGUGGAAAGAGCUCAGGGGCCACAUUCUCUGCCUCUGAAAGCCCCAGCAGCAAGACAGACAAGGGUAGGACUGAGGGCAGCCACGGGAUGUGCGAGGAGUGUGGAACUGCACCAGUUCCAGCAAGUAGGGUAAAAGCCACCCCUGAGAUGUGUGAAGUAGAUAAUAGACAGUUACUGAAUGCUUCAGACUUGGAAACUGCCUCAGCGUUGUUAAACCACUGUCAAAAGGCUGUGAAAGGCUUGGCCCUGCCUGUGGAAGAAGGAGAAAAGCAGGAUGUUACAUCAAGCUUUGAUGAGCUAGACAGUGAAAAAUUUCAUGAGGUAAACAACACGAGGCCAUUGAGAAACAGGGAAAUUGGAGAGAAUGAAGUGAAAAGCAGAGACCAAAAAACCUUUGAGGUGUCUUUGCCUUCAUAUGAUCGUUGGCUUAAAAUCAAAUCUCGUGUAGAUUUGCAAAGCACUUUAAUCCAGAGCAGCACCACGUCUGACAAAACUGAUAAUGGAAACAAAACCUGGGAAGAGAGAUCUGACACUGAGUCUGGCCAAAAAAGCACAGAGACUCCUGCCACUUGCAAGUCUGACUCUGAGUCCAGUAUUAGUAACUUCAUUUUAAUUAAAGACACACAGUGGAAGCCACUCUCAGAUCUGGAAUGGCUGGAGAUUUUCAAGCCCAAAAAGAGAGAUGGAAAUACAAGCCGUGGAAGAGAUUACAGCUGUUUGGAGACUGCACAAGAGAUGAAAUGUACCUGCUCACAAAGUGAAGAAAGCGUGGAUCUGGAUUCCCUCCGCUUGGCUUCUCCUCUCUUGGCAUCCUCUGAGAAGAGCAACAAGACUCAAAGUUCUGGGAAAUUAUCUGAUUUGGAUUCCCCUCUGGACAUCAAUGACCUGGCAGUGACCAAACCAACAAAGAGAUACUGCAUGAACACAGUCAGUACCUUAUUGCACAAUGACACCAGUUCCCUGUUCUGGAAGCUGGAGCGCUCGUUGGCCCAGUCCCGACAGAUGCUGACGGAUCUGGAGCUCAGCCUUCUCCACACAAGCAUUCCCAACACCACCAACAAGAACAAGAGGAAGAAGUUGGUUCCAACACAGAGGUAAUUGUGAGGACUGAAGACAUUGACCCAGCAGAUAUAAUGGAAAGUUACCUCAUUUUUUUUUCCCUUGGUCCUCCUGAGUGUUUGAAAGACCCACAAGUGGCAAGAAGAUCUGACUCUGCAGGAAUGUAUUUUAUCUUGAAAUAAAACACAGAAUUAUGCCAAGAUUAACAGAGUGACAGCCUUUCCUGCAGGUAUUAAUGGCCCCAGAAUGAGGCCAGUUCUGAUGGGAGCUGCUGUUCUCCUGACUCUCUCCCUGCCUGCUCACCAGUGUAACCCACAGGGAAGCUCAGCUGCUCCAGCUCUUUCCAGGUUUCCUCAAGCCUUUACAGUGCAUUUAUUCCUCUACCUGCACAGAACCUUCUCAGGCUCCAUCCUCACGAUCUCCUGCUCUGGGUAUGAAAAGAAUUCUCCCUAAAAAGCCAAUGAUGACAGUGCCAUGAUGCUCACCCUGAAGCUGUGCAGCAGCUACACAGAGAAAUUGGUGCAACUUCCAAGCAGCAGCUGCAUUUAAAUGGUUUUGAGGUUAUGGGAUGAACUCACUGAGUUUAAACCCCUGGAGAGUUUAAAAUGAUGACUUUAAAAUCAAUAUAGAAAACUGAGCUCGAGUGAUGCAUCAAGGAUCUGCAGAGCCUUAGGAUUUUGUGUCGGGGCUGCCCUGGAUUUGUGGAAUGGGAAGAAGGGAAAUAACUGGGUUAAUUUAUUCAGCACUAAGUGACUUAAAACCCAGCUGCAUUAUUGACCGCACUCUGAUGCUCGAAUGGAAACGCUUCAAACUCGGUGCCUUAAUUCUGGAAGCAGCUCAAAUACUCCAGGGAGCCCUUUGCUAUUGUAUCCUUGCCUUGAAUUAUUAUUUAAAGACAACAAAGC